AUGUCGUUUCAAUUAACAGUGGCCGGGAAGGCAGCUGCUAUCCCAUAUCCAACUUUGAUUGCAGUGUUCUUUGUCAACUCCAGUGACACCGAUGUCUCUAUCCCAGUUGAAUUCGUCGAUGAUAAAUCAGUCGACAAGAAAACCCCAUCAGCGAUCAAAUUGGUUACACCAAGUGGUGAAACUUUCAUUGACCAAUUGGAUGCAUUGGACUACUUAGCUCAAACUUUCCCUCAAGUACUUUUGGAGAAAUCAAAAUCUCAAGAGUGGGUUAAACUUGCAUUGGAGAAAUUUUACACCAAGAAUUUCAAAGAUUUGGCAACAGACUUGGAGAAGCUCGAUGCUCAUUUGAACUUUAGAUCAUACAUUAUUGGCUACCAAGUCACUUUAGCUGAUAUUGCCUUGUGGGGUGUCUUGCGAGCAAAUCCCAUCAUGGCCUCUGUUUUAAAGAGUGAAACUUACCCAAACGUUUCCAGAUGGUACAACUUCUUGUCACAGAGUGAUAGCAGAUUCGACAAAUCUGCUGAAUUACUCACCAACUCGUUGAAUGAGUUGAAAAAAGCCGCCAAAAGUGCUAAAGGUUCCGGUAAAAAGGAAACCCACAAGGCCAGUUUUGAAAUUGACUUGCCUGGUGCUGAAGUUGGCAAAGUCGUUACUCGAUUCCCACCCGAGCCAUCCGGAUACUUACACAUUGGACAUGCUAAAGCAGCAAUUUUGAAUGAAUAUUUUGCUCAUGCAUACAAGGGUAAGUUGAUCAUCAGGUUUGAUGACACCAACCCUACCAAGGAAAAAGUUGAGUUCCAAGAUUCAAUCAUUGAAGAUUUGGAAUUGUUGGGUGUCAAAGGUGACAGAAUCACUUAUUCUUCUGACUACUUCCAAGAAAUGUAUGACUUAGCUGUCAAAUUGAUCAAGGACGGAAAAGCUUAUUGUGAUGAUACCCCCACUGAAAAGAUGAGAGAGGAAAGAAUGGUGGGUGACGCAUCAGCUAGAAGGGAUAGAUCAGUUGAAGAGAACUUGCAAAUCUUUACUGAGGAAAUGAAAAAUGGUACUGAGGAAGGGUUGAAGAACUGUUUGAGAGCCAAAAUCGAUUACAAGGCUUUGAACAAGGCCUUGAGAGAUCCUGUUAUUUACAGGUGUAACUUGACUCCUCAUCAUAGAACUGGAACUGAAUGGAAAAUGUACCCAAUCUAUGAUUUUUGUGUUCCUGUUGUUGAUUCCAUUGAAGGUAUUACCCAUUCAUUGAGAACCAACGAGUAUAGAGAUCGUAACCCGCAAUAUGAAUGGAUUCAGAAAGCUUUGGGUUUACGCCCAGUUGCCAUUUGGGAUUUUGGAAGAGUUAAUUUUGUUAGAACCUUGUUAUCAAAAAGAAAAUUGCAAUGGUUCGUCGACAAGAACUAUGUUUCCAACUGGGAUGAUCCGAGAUUCCCAACAGUGAGAGGUGUUAGAAGAAGAGGUAUGACUGUUGAAGGGUUGAGAAAUUUUAUCAUGGCACAAGGUCCUUCCAAGAACAUCAUCAACUUGGACUGGUCAGUCAUUUGGGCAUUGAACAAGAAGGUUAUUGACCCCGUUGCACCAAGGUUCACUGCCAUUGAAACAGAAAAUGCCGUUCCUGUCAAAUUAUUAAACGGUCCCUCAGAACCACACACUGAAUCUAAACCAAAGCACAAAAAGAACCCUGAAGUUGGUACAAAGUCAGUCGUCUACGCUAAUCAAGUGCUCAUUGAUCAAGAGGAUGCUGAUUUGACAGAAGGAGAGGAAGUUACAUUCAUGGACUGGGGUAACGUCAUUGUGUCUAAAGUCGUCAAGGAAGGCGAUAUUGUCAAGUCAAUUGAAGCAAACUUGCAUUUGGAAGGUGAUUUCCGUAAAACUUCAAAGAAGUUGACUUGGUUAGCAGAUACCAAAGAUAAGAUUGACGUUGACUUGGUUGAUUUUGAUCACUUAAUCACCAAGGAUAAAUUGGAAGAGGACGACAACUUUGAAGAUUUCAUCACUCCGGAAACCGAGUUCCACACCAAAGCAUUUGCUGAUUUGAAUGUUGCUCAUUUGCGCUCGGGCGACAUUAUCCAAUUUGAGAGAAAAGGUUACUAUAGAGUCGAUGUGCCAUACGAAGAAGGUAAACCAGCCGUUUUGUUCAGCAUCCCUGACGGAAAGACUGUGUCAAGAUACGGUGCCAAAAAGUAA